UCUCAACCCAACUCCUGACACCAUGGCCUGCUGUCAAACUAGCUUCUGUGGAUUUCCCAGCUGCUCCUGUGGGACCUGUGGCCCCAGCUGCUGCCAGCCAAGCUGCUGCCAGACCAGCUGUUGCCAGCCGACCUGCUGCCAGACCAGCUGCUGCCAGCCAACCUGCUGCCAGACCAGCUGUUGUGGGACCGGCUGUGGCACUGGCUGUGGCCAGGAUUGUGGCUGUGGAGGUGUGAGCUGCCGCACCAGGUGGUGCCGCCCUGACUGCCGCGUGGAGGACACCUGCCUGCCCCCCUGCUGUGUGGUGAGCUGCACCCCCCCAACCUGCUGCCAGCUGCACCAUGCCCAGGCCGCCUGCUGCCGCCCAUCCUACUGUGGACAGUCCUGCUGCCGCCCAGCCUGCUGCUGCUACUGCUGCGAGCCCACCUGCUGAAAUACCUCCUUCUGAUGGGAAUCCUGAGAAAACGGCACAUCCAAACUAACCAAUGUUAGAGUCUCAACAAACUUCUGAACUCUAUAUACUCAUAACCCAGCUUGCAACCUCUUGUCAUGAAGCUGCAUAAUUCCCUAAGAUGUCAAGUAAUGUAUAACAGAAGACCAAAGUAUUUCAUAGACCUGGAUAUCAACCGAAGUCCUACAAUCUGAAAAGACGGCAUGAUAGAUUA